CGGUCGGUGACAUAUACACGCACACAUUCAUGUUUGUGAUUGUAUUGCUUCAUAAAUAUUUUUCGCUUACGAUAGCCAUGCAGGAGGCAACCUGUGCUAAAUUUUUAUUAUAAUAAGUAGUUUUAAUAAUCUACAAAUUAUGGAGCAGAGUAAAUCUAUUUCACCUAGACUAUUUGUGUGCACCGCCAUAGAAAACAAGGACGAAGUGGAAGAGCGGUACGAGAGAGCUUACAACUACUUCCAAUCACUUGUGGCUGACUGCAGCGAAAAGGAAGCUCACGAUGCGCUCAACAAUGCCGUAUGUAAGAACCAUGAAGAUGUGUCUGUGGGAAUGUUGAUGUCCAUUCUCACAGAACCCCACAAUGCCACCAAAUGCUACAGAGAUCUUACCCUAGUGACGCGGGACGGUCUGACCUGCGUGCUCAACAACCUUUCCACCUUAAUAUUAGAGAGGUAUUUGAAGUUUCAUGAUACUACUCGCAACCAGUUGCUAUGGUUAAUUAAGGAAAUGAUAAGGAAUGCAGUAACUGGAGUUGAUAGUGUUUGUUGGAAUUUAAUGCGUUAUGCAUCUGGUGGAGAUAUUACUCCCAAGAACAUAAUAUUGGUAGAAUCUCUCUUAGAUAUUUAUAUUGAACACCGAGCAUGGUUGGACAAGUUUCCAGUACUUAUUUGCAUGGUGGUGUAUACAUACUUGAGGUUGAUAGAAGAUCACAAUAUACCACAACUUAUGAGUUUAAGACAGAAAGAAGUUAACUUUGUUAUCACUCUCAUAAGAGAGCGCUUCUCAGAUGUGUUAACUUUGGGAAGAGAUCUAGUAAGGUUGCUGCAGAAUGUUGCACGGAUUCCUGAGUUCAAUCAACUAUGGCAAGACAUAUUAAUAAAUCCCAAAUCUUUAUGCCCCACAUUUACAAAUGUGCUACAAUUAUUGCAAACAAGAACCUCACGUAGAUACUUACAAUCAAGACUCACCCCUGAUAUGGAGAGGAAACUUGUCUUUUUGACAUCGCAAGUCAGGUUUGGUCACCAUAAAAAGUAUCAAGAAUGGUUUCAAAGGCAAUACUUGGCUACACCUGAGUCGCAGUCUCUUAGGAGUGACAUGAUUCGUUUUAUUGUUGGUGUAAUACACCCUACUAAUGAACUCUUGUGUUCUGAUAUCAUUCCACGGUGGGCAGUCAUUGGCUGGCUACUUACUACUUGUACUUCCAAUGUAGCAGCAUCAAAUGCAAAACUAGCACUCUUCUAUGAUUGGUUGUUUUAUGACCCUGAAAAGGAUAACAUAAUGAACAUUGAACCAGCAAUUCUGGUCAUGCAUCACUCAAUGAGAUCACAUCCUGCUGUAACUGCAACAUUACUUGAUUUUCUAUGUCGAAUCAUUCCAAACUUUUACCCACCAUUUGCAGACAAAGUUAGGCAAGGCAUUUUUAAUUCCUUGCAACAGAUCAUAGAAAAGAGAGUACUUCCAAAUUUACAUCCUCUCUUUGACUCUCCAAAGUUGGACCGUGAACUAAGAACAACUGUAAGGGAAACUUUUAAAGAGUUCUGCACCAAUGGAAAUGGUGAGGGCGUGUCAGGAAUUCGCGAUGAGGGUAAUGAUGACUUACCAAGAGGAGGUCCUGAUGAACCUGCAUUUUCUGACGAUGAAGAAGAGACCACUCCUAACAUCGCGGAAGACACGGACGAUGACGAUUUACCACUUUCCGAAGUCCGUGCACGAGAACGACCCGAAUUAUCUGCCGCAAUGCCUCUCAUGUUACGUCCUCUUGCAGAAGCAUUAUUAGACGAUCGCACAGCCGCGGCUGCCACUGCCCUCAUUAACGCUUGUGGCUCUCCAAUGCCUACAGCCACUGCACUCGCUGAUCUUUUUGUAGCAGCUUGUCAAGAAGUGCCACCCUUAAAAGUUAGCCGUACCCCAACACAAGCGGAAAUCGAAAUGGCUCUGAGUACACCACUCUUUUCCAUGUUUACUUUUCUAACAAGCAAUGAUGAACCCAAACGCAAAUUAAUACUAGAAACAUUUAAAGAAAUUCAAGCUCAAAACACUCUUCGCACUGUGGGAUUCAGUUUAUUGUUCUAUUUAAAAGUUUGUUAUGAACGAGAAAGGCGCGCUGAACGCGAUUUAGAUAAAAGAAGAAACGUUAAAUUCAAAGCAGAUGUGUAUAAAGAGUACUGUAGCUAUUUAGAGAUGAAGCUUCCUGAUAGUUUGGCCGACGACUUUGAGAGAUGUCAAGAAUGUGAUGCCAAUGUAUUGGUGUGGUUGAUCCCCGACGUGUACAGAGAAUUCAAAGAGCAAUCUCAGAACCAUAUACGAAUGUUACAUGCUAUCGUUUCCACACUGGAUGCGGGUCAACUACAGAGACUCGUUGGUCUGACUCUUCAAGGCACGUUGAUGAUGUUCAAGUCGGAUGACAUAACGCUAAUGCUGUCGACGAGUCUAGGCUGGGAGACUUUCGAACAAUACUGUCUUUGGCAGCUUCUAACAGCACAUGAUAUAUCCGUUGAGGAUGUGUUGCCGAUCAUACCGAAAUUGCAAUGUAAAGAUCACGCUGAAGCUUUGACAUCAGUUCUUUUGAUGUUAAAACAAGAAAAGCCUACUGCAGACGUAGUGCGACAACUAUUCUGCCGACCUGUAGACGAAGAAGAUACAUUUGUGGUAUCUACUUUGCUGUAUUGGUGCCAAGAUUACGAAGAUAAAGUUGGCGAUUUGCUGUCAGCUAUUUUAAGCACAAGAUACCCAGGUACUAGUCCCAACAAGAGAAAACGUCCGGGAAAACAUAGCAUUCCACCAAAUGCUCCACCUUCAGCUGAAUUGGUGCUUGGCCAUUUAGAGCAAUUGAGAGUAUGCUGUGUGGAACAAAAUGACAUGUCAAUUUUUAAUAUGGAGUGCAUGCAGAAAGCACUUCAUCAAGCGCUGUCGAAUAGUAGUGAUAGUUUAAGGAGACAAUAUAGUGAUUUACUCGCUUUGGCGUGGGAGGACGAGUUGCCUAUCUCAAGACGAGCCAGGAAAAUAGUUUCAAAUUCAUUACCAAUUAACCAGAAUCUGCAAUCAUCUAAUGAAGAUAGUGAGGAGGAAGAGAUAGUUAAACCUAAACAGGCUAAACGAAGAAAGAAGGCAAUCUCGGAUAGUGAUUGACAUAUCUUUUGUAGCAAGAAUGGUAAUUUUAAACACCAAAGUGCAACUCUACAAUACAAUAAAUAUUAGUAGUAUGUGUAAUAAUAAAUUGUUUGUUACCUUACGUUAUUACACAGGUGCAAUUCCAAGAAUGGUACCUAGUUCACUCUCGCAUAAUUUUGCCUUGGUACUGUGUAAAUGAUUUUAUGACUGUUAUGUAUAUCCAUGGUUUUAUUAGAUAUUUUUAAUUUACAUGUUGUAAUAUCUUAAUGGCCGUGGUAUUAGCUACAAUAUUGAGACGAUUGAACAAGCUCACAAUAAGAUCAAACCUCCAUAAUAAGAAUCUUCCAAUAGCCUCAUUCUGCAGGGAUAAUGUUAUAGGACAGAUGUGUAUAGUAAAUUUGCCACUGUAGUCAUUUAUUGUAAAUGUAGGUACCCUAUUUGUUGUACAGAUUUUUUUUUAACCCCCAUACAUGUUGAACUUAUUUUAAGUAUAAGGUAUGAGACCAAGAAUUUUAUUCAAAGGAUAUAUUGUAUUCUGGAAUUUUCGAAAUACAUUUUACACUAGGAUCAAUAAAGUAUUUCCCCUUUA